UCCAGAGCGCAGGCUGGGACUAACGGGCACCGCGAGCCCAGAGCACCCCCGGAGCUCAGUAUACCACGCGCCCCCACCACACCCACCCCACGGCCGCUGAAUGAGGCUUCCAGCUGCCCGCUUGCUGCCCGCAGCGCCCCGCCGGAGGUUCGCUCGCUGAGGGGCGGCUGGUGCGCUGGCCGCCAGUGCGCUCACCUGCCAGCUCGCGCGCCAUGGGGCAGCCCGGGAACGGCAGCGUAUUUUUGCUGGCGCCCAACGGAAGCCACGCACCGGACCAAGACGUCACACAAGAACGGAACGAGGCGUGGGUGGUGGGCAUGGGCAUCGUCAUGUCGCUUAUCGUCCUGGCCAUUGUGUUUGGAAACGUGCUGGUCAUCACAGCCAUCGCCAAGUUCGAGCGUCUGCAGACGGUCACCAACUACUUCAUCACCUCCCUGGCCUGUGCUGACCUGGUCAUGGGCCUGGCGGUGGUGCCCUUUGGGGCCAGCCACAUCCUCAUGAAAAUGUGGACUUUUGGCAACUUCUGGUGUGAGUUUUGGACUUCCAUUGACGUGCUGUGCGUCACGGCCAGCAUUGAGACCCUGUGCGUGAUCGCCGUGGAUCGCUACCUUGCCAUCACAUCACCCUUCAAGUAUCAGUGCCUGCUGACCAAGAAUAAGGCCCGGGUGGUCAUUUUGAUGGUGUGGGUCGUGUCCGGCCUUACCUCCUUCUUGCCCAUUCAGAUGCACUGGUACCGGGCCACCCACCAGGAAGCCAUCAACUGCUAUGCCAAGGAGACCUGCUGUGACUUCUUCACGAACCAAGCCUAUGCCAUUGCCUCCUCCAUUGUGUCCUUCUACUUGCCCCUGGUGGUCAUGGUCUUCGUCUACUCCAAGGUCUUCCAGGUAGCCAAAAGGCAGCUCCAGAAGAUCGACAAAUCUGAGGGCCGCUUCCAUGCCCAGAACAUCAGCCAAGUGGAGCAGGAUGGGCGGAGCGGGCCUGGACAACGCAGGGCCUCCAAGUUCUGCUUGAAGGAACACAAAGCCCUCAAGACUUUAGGCAUUAUCAUGGGCACUUUCACCCUGUGCUGGCUGCCCUUCUUCAUUGUCAACAUUGUGCACGUGAUCCAGGAUAACCUCAUCCCUAAGGAAGUUUACAUCCUUCUAAACUGGGUGGGCUAUGUCAACUCUGCUUUCAAUCCCCUUAUCUACUGCCGGAGCCCAGAUUUCAGGAUUGCUUUCCAGGAGCUCCUGUGCCGGCGCAAGUCUUCCUUGAAGGACUCUGGGAAUGGCUACUCCAGCAACAGCAAUGGCAGAACUGACUACCCAGGGGAACAGAGUGGAUAUCACCUGGGGGAGGAGAAAGACAGUGAACUGCUGUGUGAGGAUCCCCCAGGCACGGAAGACUUUGUGAACCGGCAAGGUACUGUGCCCAAUGAUAGCACUGAUUCGCAAGGGAGGAACUGUAGUACAAAUGACUCACUGCUGUAAUGCGCUUUUUCUACUUUUUAAGACCCCUUCUCCCCCCGCCCAACAAAACACUAAACAGACUAUUUAACUUGAGUGUAAUAAAUUUAGAAUAAACUUGUAUAGA